AUGGCCUCAUCGACCCGCCCGCUCCUCGUGGAUGUCCACACUCACAUCUACCCUCCAACCUACAUGAACCUCCUUCGGCGACGAGAACAGAUUCCGAAAGUGGUCAAGAACAACGAGGGGAACGAGAUGGUCGUGUUGCUCAAGGAGGAGGAGGGGAAGGGCGCGAACAGCAAGGGACGACCGGUUGGACCGCAAUACUACGAACGCGAGGAGAAGAUCAAGUUCAUGGAUGCGCACGGGAUCGACGUCUCGGUCGUCUCCCUCGCCAACCCCUGGCUCGACUUUCUGGAACCCGCCGAAGCCGUCUCCGCCGCCCACGAACUAAACGUCGACCUCCAAUCCUACUGCUCCACCUACUCCGCCCCCUCCUCCUCACCCAAACCCUUCACUCCCAAGACCCAGAAACGCCUCUUUGCGUUUGGGUCGUUGCCCCUUGUACCUGGUAUCAAGACGGAGGAGGUACUUGAGGCGGUUAGACAGGUGAAGGAGUUGAGUCACUUGAGGGGGAUUGUAAUGGGUACGAAGGGCGUCGGGAAGGGCUUGGAUGACCCGGCGAUGGAGCCAAUCUAUGCGGCGAUUGUGGAAGCGGGACUCGUGGUAUUUGUCCACCCGCACUACGGUAUCGAGAACGCGUUUGGAGAGCAGGACAACGGCCACGCGCUCGCACUGGGCCUCGGUUUCCCCUUCGAGACGACCAUCGCCAUCGCGCGUCUCAUCCUCUCCGGCGUCCUCGACCGCCACCCAACCCUCAAGCUCCUCCUCGCCCACUCAGCCGGCGCCCUCCCCGCCCUCUCCUCCCGCCUCUCCUCCUGCAUAAUCCACGACCCACACGUCAAAGACCGCCUGCAGAACGACUUUAGGUACUACUUGGGUCAGCUGUGGUACGAUGCGGUUACGUAUGGGCCUGAGGAGCUGGCGCUUGUCGAGAGGGUGGUGUCGAGGGCGAACAACUACGAGGGGACGGAUGACCAACUCGCCUUUGUCGACCGCGUCAACGGUCGCGCCGACCUCCUCGCGCCCGAAGGCGUCUUCCCCGGCGUCGAGCGCAUCAUGUUCGGCACCGACCACCCCUUCUUCCCGCCUCUCGAAGGCUCGUCCGACCCGUCUCAACAACGCUGGAAAUCGGUCGACGAGAACCUCGAUGCGAUUGCGGGCGUGGCGGGGUGGGGAGAGGGAGAGAGGAGGAAGGUUAUGGGCGGGAACGCGGUCGAGUUGUUCGGGUUGGAGAUUUGA